AAAAUAUUGUUUGACAAUCAUACCUACAUUUGCUCGAAACAUCUAAAGAAUCGCAAAUACUGGACUUGUGGCAAACAACGAUCGCAAGCUUGCCGGGCACGUCUUAUCACCGAUUCGGACAACACGAUGCUGCUCGCACGCCAGCUUGAGCACACCCAUCCUCCCGAUAUGGACAUUAUCACAAAAUCUAUGUUGUACAGCCAGAAAUAAAUCGACGCGUGGUCCAAAGUUGAAACAUCUAGUACUUCGUGUUUAGUUUAUUUUACUUCAAUUUGUUUUCAAAUUCUUGUACCAUUCGCUAACAAUUCCAUUGUCUUUUGCAGAUCUUAAUUCGCUCAUCGAGUUCGAGUUUAUGACCACUCCCUCUCCCACGCCGCUCAAAUCCCCUUCUCCUCCGACUCAUAUCGCUGGUCGACCACCAAGAUCUAGGCGCCAGCGCAAAGCCGAACCAAUCGUAUUGGACGAUCAACCUUUGGUGCUGUUCACAUCACAACGGGGGAAGCACCUUCUAGUGUUGGAAAACUAUACUUUCUCCAAGAACAACACCGUUGGCGAAACGACAUACUGGGCGUGUCGAGUGGUUACCGAUCACGUCAAGUGCAAAGCCCGAGCUAGUACUACCCGCAAGGUUAAUGGCCUUUUUCGAGUUAUGCUUGGUAAUGCGACGCAUAACCAUCUGCCAAAAAUGUCACGCAAGGUUCUACUCGAAUGCGGUGUCGAGCCGAAUGUGUUUUAUUUGAAAAGUUGAAUAUUGUGUGUAUUAGUUGUUAAGUUUGUUUAUUUGAUUCUUAAAUUUAGAAUUCCCUACUGAUAAAUGCUACUAAUUAGCGGUUAUUUGUAUUUCGUUCUAGUACUGCAUACUCAUACGACAUCGACUGGUGUCAAGAAUAUUCGGAAGCCGAAUGCAAGGAGAGCACGUAAAUGGAAAACGGAUAAUAUCGAUAUACCGGAAAUAUUGAAGGGACCUUCGGAGAAAAUGAUUUUGCAAACAUGCAUUCUAGGUGGAAUGAAAGUCUUAUAUCAGAACAACUACUUCGAGUAUCAUUAUUCCAAAAGUGGAGUGAAACUCUACCGGUGCGCUGCUUUUGCAGAUUUACAAUGUGAAGCUCGAGUCCUGGUGCAGAACGGGCUAGUUUAUUCGAUUAACGGAGACCAUUGUCAUUUGAAUGCUGAACAAUAAACGAAUACUGUCCUUUUAUUAAUCAAACUAUCAAUCAGUAUGGACUGCAGUACUAGAUUUGAUAGUUCUCAACGUUCUAUUUGAUUUUUUUUGUGAAUAUUUCCAGGCGAUCUAUUACGAUCAAUGGAAGACUACAAUCAAAUUCAAACUCAAUUUGAAAUGCCACAUCCGGAGAUGGCUGGAGUGUCUGUACUGUAUCGGCGUGAGCCAGUCGAAAAAGCUGGCGACAAAAAACUCAAUAUUUACACGACAUCAUCACUCAUACUGAAUAAACUACCACUCGGAUCAGGAUCGCAUGCCAAAUCGCUUCCAAGGUCAAUCUCGAAAUCUAAGUCCCACAAGUUGUUGAAUGUACAGCAUAUCACUGCUACCGGGACACCUUACGAUUUGGUAAACGUUCCUACCAAAAAGGGUGGUGUCGGGGUUCGGCACGAUGGACAUCACUUUGAGUACCAUUUUACUCGUAGUGGGCACAAGAUAUACCGGUGUGCGUGGCACUCGAAAGAACGGUGUCCAUCGCAACUGUUGGUAUUCAACAGAAAGACCUAUGUCAUUUCUGAUGACCACUCGCAUACGGAACUGGCCCGGAUGAGUGAUGACAUUUUGGCUAAGACAGUAGUCUGUUAGUGUAGUAUUCAAAACUACGUAUUUUAUGUGCCUUUUUCGAAAU